AUGGCUUCAAUAAUCAAGGUAGUCGGAGCGUUAUUAGCCUCCCUUCCUAUCGCCUUGGCAAUCGAACCUGCCCGCGGGGAAUACCAGCCGGUGGGUGAUGGUGAGCGCCUCCUCAUCUUCAACGAGACCAGCCCAAGUGCGAAGAUCCGCCCUUCAAGCACCAGCGUGGCCUGGUCGUCGGCUGGCCAAGAUGGCGUCUACAUUUCUUCCAACUCAGCUGGCGAUCUUGUUCUCAGCAACAUCAUUAGCGGCAGCGCCACGACCUGGGUGACAGCCGAUCAGCUGCCCGAGGACAUGCAGGAAUACUGGAUCAGCAGCGACGCUACUCGCAUGCUCAUCGCCUCCAACGCAACCAAGCAGUACCGCCACUCGUACUUUGCGGAUUACUUCAUUCUCGAUGUCGAUUCUGGUGAGAUGACACCCCUGGUGGAUGACCAGGUCGGCGACAUCCAGUAUGCAGAGCUUGCUCCUACAGGCGAUGCCGUGGCGUUUGUUCGCGAUAACGACCUGUUCAUACUCGAUUACGGCAGUGGAAAGAUCAGCCAGAUCACCAAUGACGGGGGCCCGGACAUGUUCCACGCGGUACCCGAUUGGGUCUAUGAGGAGGAGAUUUUUGGCUCCCGCUCCACACUCUGGUUCUCACCCGAUGCCAAGUUUGUCGCUUUCCUGAGCUUCAAUGAGACUGGCGUCGGCACCUUCACCAUCCCCUACUACAUGGACAACGAGAAGCUUGCGCCUACGUACCCCAAUGAGCUCGACUUACGGUACCCCAAGGUCGGGUCCACCAACCCAACGGUUCAGCUGAACCUCUUGACUGUCUCAACUGGAGACUACGAAACUAUCCCGGUCGAUGUGUUUGAGCCCGAGAACCUGAUCAUCGGCGAAGUGUCAUGGGUCACUGACACGCACACGGCGCUUAUUUACCGCGCUUUUAACCGGGUGCAAGACUUGGACACCCAUGUCGUCGUUAACCCGACCUCCUUAACAUCCGAAGUUAUCCGUGAGCGUGACGGAACUGACGGCUGGCUGGAAAACACCCUGUCUAUUGCAUACGUCGGGCCUCUCGAGACUGCGGGCAACGCGACAUACUACGUUGACCUCUCUGAUGAGGACGGCUGGAACCACAUCUACUUAUACCCGGUGAAUGGAGGCAAGGCCACCCAGCUCACCUCGGGCAAAUGGGAGGUGUCUGCUAUUCUGUACAUUGACACGGAACGAAGCCUCAUCUACUACCAAGCCUCGACCCGCCACUCGACCGAGCGCCACCUCUACAAGGUGUCUUGGAAGACGAAGAAGAUCACUCCUCUUGUUGACGACUCCGUUGCGGCCUACUGGUCUGCAUCAUUCUCAUCCGAGGGCGGCUAUUACAUCCUCAGUUACCAGGGCCCAGACGUCCCCUACCAGGAGGUCUACUCUACCAACUCGACCUCCAAGCCCCUCCGUGUCCUCCAAGAUAAUAGUGCCUUUUACAAAACCAUCUCCGAGUACAAGCUACCCAACAUCACCUAUUUCGAGCUAGAACACCCGGAUGGCUACAAGAUGAACGUCAUGCAGCAACUUCCCGCAAACUUUGACUCGACCAGACAAUACCCUGUCCUUUUCACGCCCUAUGGCGGCCCCAACUCCCAGCAAGUCACCAAGAGGUUCCAAACGUACGGUUGGAGGGCAUACAUUAGCUCCGACCCGGAACUGGAGUACAUCACCUACACCGUCGACAACCGCGUCACAUCGCAACUUGGAAAGCUCGAGCCUUUGGACCAGAUCUGGGCUGCCAAGGAGCUCAUCUCCAAGUUUGACUUCAUCAACCCCGACAAGAUAGGCAUGUGGGGAUGGUCUUAUGGCGGAUACCUGACUGCCAAGACUCUCGAGGUCGACUCUGGCAUUUUCACAUUUGGCCUCAUCACCGCUCCUGUGUCCGACUGGCGCUUCUACGACUCCAUGUACACGGAGCGGUAUAUGAAGACGCUCGAGGGAAAUCGUGAGGGCUAUCUCGAAACCGCAGUACAUAACGUCGACGGCUUCAAGAACGUGGCGGGCGGCUUCAGUGUUCUCCAUGGAACUGGCGACGACAACGUGCAUUAUCAGCACGCAGCGGCUCUGAUUGACCUGCUCGUGGGUGGGGACAGUGAUCACAGCAUCAACUAUAACGGGGCUGGUGUGUACAUCUACAAGUAUCUGACUGCGAGAUUGUAUGACGAGGUCAAACGGGUGCCCAAGGACAAGGAGUUGACGCAUCAGUGGAACAGGAGACAGACGCAAGCUGAUCAUACAGCAUAG